AUGUGCCCCCGCGCCGCCCCCCGCACCCCCGCCGGCGCCGGCGCCGGCGCCGCCGCCACGCUCGGGCUCUGCAGCCUCCUGCUGCUGCUGCUCCGGCCCGGACACGCGUGCCCCGCGGGCUGCGCUUGCACCGACCCGCACACCGUGGACUGCCGCGACCGCGGGCUGCCCAGCGUGCCCGACCCCUUCCCCCUGGACGUGCGCAAGGUGCUGGUGGCCGGUAACCGCAUCCAGCACAUCCCCGAGGACUUCUUCAUCUUCUACGGCGACCUGGUCUACCUGGACUUCAGGAACAACUCGCUGCGCUCGCUGGAGGAGGGCACGUUCAGCGGCUCGGCCAAGCUCGCCUUCCUCGACCUCAGCUACAACAACCUGACCCAGCUGGGCGCCGGCGCCUUCCGCUCGGCCGGGAGGCUGGUCAAGCUGAGCCUGGCCAACAACAACCUGGCGGGCGUGCACGAGGCCGCCUUCGAGACCCUGGAGUCGCUGCAGGUGCUGGAGCUCAACGACAACAACCUGCGCAGCCUCAACGUGGCCGCCCUGGCCGCGCUGCCCGCGUUGCGCACCCUGCGCCUGGACGGGAACCCCUGGCUCUGCGACUGCGACUUCGCCCACCUCUUCUCCUGGAUCCAGGAGAACGUGUCCAAGCUGCCCAAAGGCCUUGACGAAAUCCAGUGCUCCCUGCCCAUGGAGAACAGGAGGAUAUUCCUGCACGAGCUGUCGGAGGCCAGUUUCAGCGAGUGCAAGUUCAGCCUCUCACUCACGGACCUGUUCAUCAUCAUCUUCUCCGGCGUGGCCGUGUCCAUCGCUGCCAUCAUCUCCAGCUUCUUUCUGGCCACUGUGGUGCAGUGCUUCCAGAGGUGCGCCCCCAACAAAGACACCGAGGAGGAAGACGAGGAUGAGGAUGACUGAGCCACCCCCUCCCCUUCCUCACUCUCCAGAACCCCAGCCGGUGGGUGGCUCCCCUCGGAGAAGAGAGGGAAAUGCUGAAAGCGGAGAAGAAUUGACCAUCAGUGACCAGAGCAGCACCUGCUCGAGCCUUGCCCCCUGGGGGCACCCGGUGAGACCUCCAAUCUCAGAGGUUAGAAUCCAAAAAGCGAAGGAGCCCAGGAAGGAUUCCCAGAGGAGAGCCUGCCACUUGGCUUGAGGUGCAUGUAAGGAGAAGAUGGGCGAGUCAGGCUUCAGAGCUGGCAGCUGAAAACAGUGUCGGGGAUGUGAAGACUGGCAGCUCUCGCCGGCAAAGAUGACUUUGUGCCGUCUGUUUCUCUGACCUGGACCAGG